GAGAUUACCGGAUGUGCAACAGUGCGACAUCUGUCGAUCGAGACUAGUAAAGAUACAAGCAAAAAGGUAGUAGGGUUAACUUCCUUUUAUGCGGUACGACGACUUGUGAGUUCACAUCGCCAAGAUGGUGAAGAUUAUGAAGACUGGAAAAGUUGUGCUGGUCCUCAGCGGCCGGUACGCGGGAAGAAAAGCCAUUGUCAUGCGCAACUAUGAUGAUGGAACAGCAGAAAAACAAUAUGGACAUGCUAUGGUUGCAGGCAUUGACCGGUAUCCACGCAAGGUCCACAAAAGAAUGGGAAAGGGAAAGUUACAUAAACGCUCUAAAAUCAAGCCUUUUGUUAAGAUUUUAAAUUACAACCAUUUAAUGCCAACGAGAUACACGGUAGAUUUACAAUUGGAUAAAGUAGCUCCUAAAGAUCUUAAGGACCCAAUGAAGCGCAAGAAAGUUCGUUUCCAGACACGUGUCAAAUUUGAGGAGAGGUAUAAAAAUGGUAAGAACAAAUGGUUCUUCCAGAAGUUAAGAUUCUAAUUAUUUCUAAAUAAAAGCCUGAUAUACAAAUAAAAAAAGUGAAUACAAUUUUUUUCCAUCACAUAAUAUGUCCUAUGUAAAGAAUAUAUCAAACCUUUAUAUUUUUAA